AUGUGUUCCAGCGACCUCUUCCUGUGCGUCCUCGCCAUCCUCUUCCCGCCUCUACCUGGUGUCCCCAAAACAGUCUGGGUGAAGCGCGGCAUCUGCAGCGCAGACUCCAUCAUCAACAUCCUCCUCUGCUGCCUCGGCUUCAUCCCGGGCCUCAUCCACGCCUGGUACAUCAUCGCCAAGUUCCCCGACCCGGAGUACGACUACGACCCCGUGCCCCAGGACGCCGAGGGCGGCCGCGUCCGCUACAUCGUCAUCGACCGCCACCACUGCCAGCACCCCAACAACAAGUCCCAGGGAAGCAGCCGACCGGCCCCGAACAACAACGUCAACUACGGCACCGCCAACGCCAGCUCCGCCCAGCAGCAGCAGCAGCAGAAGCCAGCCCACGCGCCUCAGCAGCAGGGCCUUGCAGACGCUGCCGAGGGGAGCAGCUCGAACAACCAGGGCGUACCCCCCUCAUAUGCCGAGGUGGUUGCUGGCGACAACAAGAUCCAGAGCCACGACUAG